UUUGAUUAAUGGAAAGGGGAGAGAUCCAGGUGUUAAAAAAAAAAAGUGCAGGCAGCGAGACGGCGGGAAAUCCCCAGGAAUCUUCCGGAGCAAGGAGCGCGGAGGCAAGUUUCCCCAUCUUCUCCCGCCCCUCUUCCCCUGCGCCGCCGCCGCCGCCGGGCCGUCCAAGAGCUAUUAAUCUCCCUUUCCCCUUCCUCCAUUCCCCUCCGCCGCUCUCCCCUCCCAAACCCCUCCUCGCACCCAAGUGGGGAGCGCCGCCACCAUGUCCGUCAAAGAGGGGAGCGCCGACACGGAUCUCCCCACCAUUUUUGAGGUGCGGCUGGAGCAGGCGACCCUCUUCAAGAAUCUCGUGGAGGCGAUCAGCGACCUGUUCAGUGAGGCCUACUUCAACUUCUCCGGCAGGGGCCUCGAUGUCCGGGCCGUCGACAGCAGCGGCUUCACGCUCGUCGCGUUCCUCCUCCGCGCCGAGGCCUUCAAUUACUACAGCUGCGACCGCGCCCUCUCCGUGGGCCUGAGCCUCGCCGACAUGGCCAAGGCCGUCCGCUACGCCAACAAUGACGACAUCCUCACCAUCAAGGCCGUGGAAGAAUGGUUCUACGUCGUUACCUUCACGUUCGAGUCGCCCAAUGGUGUGAUUAUGGAUUAUGAUUUCAAUUGCGAGGACAAUGACGACGGCCCCCUCGAAAUCAGUGAAUCCCCGGGAUCCGAUUACCAGGCCAUAGUCUGCAUGCCCUCUGCCAUGUUUAUGGGUAUCUGCAACAAGCUCAGCAGCUUCGGGGAGAGGGACACUGUUGUCAUCUCGGUGGAUAAGGAGCAUGUCAGGUUCUUCACUGGGGGGGAAACUGGGAGCUCAUCAAUUGUCUGCAGGCAGACCCAAACUGUUGACAAGCCAAAAGAACCUAUCGUUAUGGAGGUGAAAGAAGAGGUUUCCCUGACCUUUCAACUGAGGCACAUGAACUCCUUCUCCAAGGCGUCUACCCUGUCUGAUCAAGUGACUAUCAGUCUUUCAUCCAAGCAAUCCGCGGUGUUCGAGUACAAGAUCGCAGAGAUGGGCUACAUCAGAUAUUACCUGUCGCCAGAUGAGAUGCGGAAUGACGAAGAUGACGCUGCAAAGGAAGAUAAGAUGCAGAAUGAGGGAGAUGAGAUGCAGAACUGAUGACUAGCGGGGAUACGCAUGGUCAUGUUGCCUGCUUUGUCUUUCCACCAUCAAUUGCUUGACUAUUGUUUGCAAGCAAAAAAGAUGUUAUGUCUAUCUAUUUAUUAUGUCUCAUCUAUUUAGGCCAGACAGUUUCAGCUGCUUGUAUCAGUAUCUGCUGUGAGUCCUUGGAGUCCUUGGAUUUACAGUGAAUUUAGAUGAGUGGAUUUGUGCUUUGUGCAUUGUUAUAUGCUGUGCUGUUUGAUCCGGUCACACAAUUUA